AUGUCACGGGUGGCUGUGAACAUAAGUGCCAGAAGCGUGGUCCACAGAAAAGAAGUAAUCAGAGAAAUACCGAAAAACUAUACCUGUAACUAUAGAGAAGUGGUUGUCUUUUCAGAUUUACGUAAACUUAUUGUGGUAACUCGUCCAUUUUAUGAUGUAGUGGGUAGAGCAAAAGCAAGCAAACUAAUUCGUGUCCUCAUGGAAUAUUGUCUCAUGAUCAACCAAGAAAACAGCGAAAAGGUGAAAUUAGUAAAAGAAUGUAUCGAAUGGGCAACUUCAAACUGCCGCAUAUUUCUCCGCCGAGCCUUGGAAGCACGCCUGAUCCGUCUCUAUAACGACAUCGGACUCCAUGUCGAGGCUCAAAAAAUCGCUGGUCCAUUAAUAGCUGAACUCAAAAAGAUUGAAGACCGUGAAUUGAUCAUGGAAGUCACGCUGGAAGAGAGUAAAAGCGCUUUUGCUUUGAAGAACUUUGGAAAGGCAAAAACUUCCUUGGUCCUGGCAAGAAGCAAUGCAAACGGUGCUUACGUCUCUACCCAAAUGCAGGACGAUCAUCAAAAAUCACAUAAUAGCCUAACUGCCUACAGACAACUACUUACCAUGGGUCUCGGACCCCGAAAAACUUUCGGAGGGAAAGGUCGAGGCUCAGCACUUCACUUUCAGGCAGCUCUCGACUUACAGUCUGGAAUCCUCUACAGUGCUGAUGAGAAGGAUUUCAAGACAGCUUACUCGUACUGUUAUGAGGCUCUUGAAGGCUACCUUAUUGCGGAUCCACCUAAAGCAGUACGGGCGCUCAAAUACAUGUGCCUAUGCAAGAUAAUGUUGAACGAAGCCGAUACAAUACCUUUACUUCUCUCGACAAAGACGAUACAGUCUAUCCGAGGACGCGAGAUCGAAGCGAUGAAGAGCAUGGCUGAAGCAUUCACAGAACGCAGUCUGAGCAAGUUCAACAAGUGUCUGAAAGAUUACAAUAGAGAGCUUUUGUGUGAUCAAGUUGUGGCUGCACAUUCAAGAGAACUCAGAGAUAACAUGCUCGAAAAAGAAAUUUGCCGAGUAAUUGAACCAUACUCAGAAAUCGAUCUCUCUCACAUUGUUCGCUGUGUAGGAAUGACUCAAAAGCAAAUCGAAAAAGCUAUCUCAAUGAUGCUACUUGACAAGAAAUUUUUCGGAGUUAUUGACCAACAUAAUGGUACUGUACAUGUGUACGAAACACCUCACAAGGAUAAGACAUACCAAAAAUCUGUAGAACUAAUCAGAGCUCUAUCCAAGACUGUGGAUGCCAUAUACAGCAAGGCUGGUACUCUAUUAAAAUGA